AUGGCCUACUACAACGACCCCAACUGGUCCUCGCCGGCCCCCGGCCGCCAGUCGUCCUGGGAACAGCCCCCGCAGCCGCCCUCGCGUUCAGGUACCGGCCACAGUGGCUACAAUGGCGGAGGCGCACCGAGUAACAUGGACCUAGGAUCCAGCUCGACCGUAAACAGCCAGGAGGCCAAUGCCUUCGCCUCGCAGUUUGAGGAAGUCGACCGCGCCGCUGAGAACCUCGCUAAGAGCGGGAAGCCCUUCGGCCCUGGAUUUCCCCAGACUGGCGCCGGCCGUCGCGAAUCGAUGCCCAUUGCCGGUGGAGGUCCGGCGCCGCGUCCCUUCCCGGAAUACGCUGCAGAGCAACGCAUGGGCGGCCCCCAGCGCCACCACUCCGUGAGCGAGUACGACGGCAGCCGCUCCCACUCGGCCUCGAACGCCCAGGGUUUCUACCAGAACCAGCGCUAUGCGCCGCGACCCAACGAUGCGGACCAGAUGGCUCAGGCGAAACGUCGGUUGGCGGCUCAGCGUGAGCGUGAGCUGCGCAACUACCACCAGGAGCAGCAAUACCACAGAAAUGUUUCGGGCUCCAAAUCCGACCGCUCCAUGAGCCCCAAUACCAUGAAUGAAGACGAGCGUCGCGAGCUCAUAGCGCGCCAACAUCGUGCACUGUACGGCGAGAACUCCCAACUGUACAAUAACAACCCCACCUCGAGCCAGGACGUGCGAGUCCAGUCAUCUGGUGCCGGUCGCGGUGCUUCUCCUCUGGCAUUUGACCCCUUUGGCAUGCAAGCGCAGAACGGCGGAGAAGCUACCGUCCAAAUGCCCCCGCGAGACAAGGAUGCUGCGGGUGGAACUCAGGAGGCCCGUGCCAACAGCAACUCGUCUCCUUCUUCUAACCAGAACCCGGCCUUUAGCCUAUACGAUGCGCAGCAGGCAACUCGCACAUCCAACUCAUCUCCCGGAGGCUCUCCUCCCAUUCCGGGACCCAACAAGUCCAACGGUUCGGGCGUUGCACCCAUCGGCACUCGCCCCGCCCAGGGCCUGCAGCAGCCCGCUGGAGCCGCUCUCGGCAAGCGCACGACAUCACCUCUGCCGUCGCCUCUUGGCUACAGCUCUUACAACGCGAGCGAGCAGCACAACACUGCCACGAGCUCUGCUUCUUUGAACCCUUCUUCGACGGUUGCUGACAAAGGAGUCGGCAUUUGGAACAACGGUCCUUGGAGCAACACGCCCAACCAGGGUGUUCAGGCCUCUGUCUGGGGUUAG